GUCCUGGGCCAGCCUCUGAGCAGCAGCCAGGCGGAGGCUGAUAAAAGCUCUGCAGCUAGCCCUCUUACACACCAGCUGGCCAGACAGAGCCACCAGCACCACCAUGAAGGAUGAGGUGGCUCUUUUGGCUACUGUCACCCUCCUGGGAGUCCUGUUGCAAGCCUAUUUCUCCCUGCAGGUGAUCUCAGCACGCAGGGCCUUCCGCGUGUCGCCACCGCUCACCACCGGCCCACCUGAGUUCGAGCGUGUCUACCGAGCCCAAGUGAACUGCAGCGAGUACUUUCCGCUGUUUCUCGCCACGCUCUGGGUGGCCGGCAUCUUCUUCCACGAAGGUGCCGCGGCCCUGUGCGGCCUGGUCUACUUGUUCGCACGUCUCCGCUACUUUCAGGGCUAUGCGCGCUCCGCGCAGCAAAGGCUGGCUCCGCUGUACACGAGCGCGCGCGCACUUUGGCUGCUGGUGGCGCUGGCGGCGCUCGGCCUGCUUGCCCACUUCCUUCCGGCCUCUCUGCGUGCCGCAUUCUUGGGAUGGCUCGGGACACUGCUGCCCAGGGCCUGAGGCUGAGGAUCUUCGGAGCUGGAGAAGAGCCGGGUGGAGGACUGGGGGAGGGUGCUCGCCCCCAUCCCAGUCUCUAAUUAAAGUACUCGUGACCGGAUCCCGAACGCUCUCUCUGGGUCGG